GACAUCUACCGUCCAAGAUGAAGGCAACUCUCAUAGCCAUUUGCUUCCUCGCUGCAGUAGCGUUCUCUAUGGGAGAAUCCUGGGGAAGCACCACGCCCUGCACGAGUCCGCCAGGAGAGCCUUGCCCUCCCGGACAAGGUCCGCGAGGACCCUCCUCAAGCCCUCGGCCCUACCCGCCUGGCCCAGGCUCUGCGCCCAGCCCACAACCCCCGCAAGACAACAGCCCGCCCGGCAGAAAGUAAGGUCUCGGCGGAUUCCUCCAGAGACAUGCAAUGGGGGAUGGAAUAUUUCCGAUACGCUCGAAAUUUUCUGAAUAAAACUGUGCAUUAU